CCACAUUCACAUUUUCAUUUUUUCCUUAUGAAAAAUUCACUUGCUCAAGAUCCUAUUUAACAUUAUCCUUUAAUCACUCAGGGGAAUAUAUAUAUAUAUAACAGAACUUGAUAACUGAGAAGUUCGAUAGAUUAUUUGAGAAUGCCUUUAAGGAAAUCAAGAUCUAAUGGUGCAGAGGUAACCUUGUCCGUUGAAGAGCAGCAAGCAAAGAUCAAUGAGGUUCGAAAGUUAGUGGGUCCAUUGGCAGAUCAACUGCCGAAUUUCUGCUCAGAUUCUUCGAUAUCAAGGUAUCUUAGAGCAAGAAAUUGGCAAACUGAAAAAGCAUGCAAAAUGCUUCAAGACACACUCAAAUGGAGACUGCAGUACAAACCAGAAACAAUUAAAUGGGAAGAUAUAGCUCAUGAAGCGGAGACCGGGAAAAUAUACAGAGCUAACUACCUUGAUAAAUAUGGAAGGCCAGUUCUCGUAAUGAGACCAGGAUUUCAGAACACAAAGUCGACAAAGGGACAAAUCAGAUACUUGGUUUACAGUAUGGAGCAUGCUAUUUUAAACUUGGCAGAUGAUCAAGAACAAAUGGUUUGGCUCAUUGAUUUUCAAGGUUGGACAAUGGGUGGUGUAUCAUUGAAAGUCACGCGCGAAACAGCACAUAUUUUACAGGAUUAUUACCCUGAAAGACUUGGUCUUGCUAUUCUCUACAAUCCUCCAAAAAUCUUUGAAUCUUUUUGGAAGGUAGUUAAGCCAUUUCUUGAGUCUAAGACAUACAAGAAAGUUAAGUUUGUGUAUUCUGAUGUUACUGAGAGCCAGAAGAUAAUGACGGAGGUCUUCGACAUGAAUGUACUUGAAACUGCAUUCGGAGGGAGGAAUUCGGUCGGUUUUAGUUUAGCUGAAUUCAGUGAAAGGAUGAAAGAGGAUGAUAUGAAGAUGCAAGCAUUGCUGAAAUCACAAGAAGGACAAUUAGUGUCUAGAUCUGUUGUUCUGCAGGAAUCACAGUUUUCAAUUUCUGAAACUCAGUCUGAGACUUCUUCAGAGGAUGAUUCUGGUGACAGUUCAUCACCAAAAACUGCAGAACAGAAGGAAUUGGUUUCAGAAAAUGAGAUCAAAGAGGACAAGAAUGGAGUUGGUUUUACUGCUGUUGUGAAAUCUUAAAAGUUAAAAAGUUUCAGUUUGUAUGCAGAUUAUGAGUUAAUCUGGAAAAUUAACAGGAUAAUUAAAUGCAACAUGAUGGUUAUCAUCUAUUUGUUAUUUUGUUAUACUGGGAAUUAAAUUCAGACAGGAAAUUAAUUAGCAGGAUAAUUUUCAUGAGGAGGCUAUUAAUUCCAUGGCAGUAGUCCAACAUUUGCUUA